AUGUCUGUAGUUUUGUCAUCAACAAGUUUCGUUGGAAAAGUUGCAUUCAGCACUCUUCUACCUUUACUUGUCUUCUUAUCCAUCAAGGUUUGCACGAAAACCAUUAAAAAUAACUUGAAGAAUCGACGAUUAUUAGCGAAAGUGGAAAAGAGGUUAAAGGAAAGAGAGGAUUCGAUCGAAAAGGUAAGGCAAUAUGCCUUCACCCUGUCCACAGAGAGAGCUAAUUACAUAACAUCGCUGAGUUUUUUAUUGCUAAGAGAAGAACUCCAGUUAAGAAAAAUCACUUGUUCUGAAGCUCUUCGAGCUUACCAGCAAAAAGCUUUGAGAUCUCAAGAAUCCACAAAUUGUGUUUGCCUUUUCAUCCAGGAAGCCAUUGAACAAGCUGAGUACUUCGACAAUUUAAGUGAAAACAGCAGUUCAAAACUUCCUUACUUGUUUGGUAUCCCUAUAAGUGUUAAAGAAUGCAUCAAGCUGAAUGGGUAUGACUGUACGAGUGGAUUUGCUCAGGAUCUUUUUAAACCGUCAAAUGAAACUGAUUUGUUACUUCAUGCAACUGCAGGAGCGAUACCUUUUGUCAUCACGAACAUUCCGCAAUCUUUAUGUUCCUUUGGAUGUUCUAAUCCUAUAUAUGGAAAAACUACCCACCCUUUAGACUCUUCACGGGUGCCAGGAGGGUCGUCUGGUGGCGAAUCGGCUCUGAUUGCAACUGGUGGAAGUAUUUUAGGAAUAGGAACAGACAUUGGAGGAUCAAUCAGAAUACCAGCCACAUUCUGCGGACUUGUUGGAUUUAAACCUUCCACUUAUCGCAUGCCUCAAACAAGAAAUAUGGGGACAGUACCAGGACGAACUCUUGUUCUUGCCAAUGCUGGUCCGAUAGCACGUGAUGUUGAUACAUGUAUUGAAUUCUGCCAAGCUAUAUGGGAUUGUCCGGCACUUUAUUCAUCGGACGAUUACUUAGCACCAGUUGGCUUCCAAAAAAAUCUUUUAUAUUCUAAGGAACCCCUAAGAAUAGGCUAUUAUGUAACUGAUAAUUAUAUAAAGGCUGUACCUGCUUACGAGAGAGCUGUUCGUAUGUGUGUGAAAAUAUUAGAAUCUCUCGGGCAUGAGUGUAUUGCUUUUGAUGUUCCAGCAUCUCAGAAGUUUUUCCCUCUUGUGGCAGCAAAUAUUUCUGCUGACGGAGGUGUUUUUCUAAAUAACAAACUUGAUGAGGAUCUAUAUGAUCCUGAUUGUGACUUUGGUUUCGUAGCUCGGAAGCUAUCACCAUUCUUGAAACAAGUUUUAUCUUAUUUGGUUCCAUUCCCUAAGUUAUCUGAGCUUUUAAGAUCAGUUCCUCGUACAGCAGGAGAUAUGCGCAAAAUAACUGAAGAAACAAAAGUAUAUAGACGAGAUUUCCUCGAAAAAAUGAAAAGUGAAAAUAUCUCUGUAAUUAUAAGCCCUGUGAUGUCCGUAUACCCCCCGAAACAUCAUGUAGCUCCUCAAAUAAUGCAAGCUUGCAACUACACAGCUCUCUACAACUUAUUAGAUUUUGCUGCAGGAACUGUUCCCGUGACAACGGUCACUGAAGAAGAUGAAAGAGAACUACAGAACUAUCGAGCAAGCGAUCCAAUAGAAAGAUUGAUCAAACAACAAUCAGAGAAUUCUAUCGGAAUGCCCAUAGGGGUACAGGUUGCAGCUCCUCCAUACAAGGAGGAGGUAGCUCUGAGAGUUUUGCAAAUUUUAUUCGAAAAUAAUAAUGCGAAACCCGACUCGGUCAAACGCUUUCUGCAGCAAUGUAAUUGA